AUGGCUGCCCUCAGACCUCUGGUAAAUCCCAAGAUCAUUAAAAAGAGGACCAAGAAGUUCAGCCAGCAUCAGUCAGACCGAUAUGUCAAAAUAAAACACAACCGGCAGAAACCCAGAGGUACUGACAAUAGGGUACACAGAAGAUUCAGGGGCCAGAUUUUGAUGCCCAACAUUGGUUAUGGGAGCCACAAGAAAACAAAGCACAUGCUGCCCAGUGGCUUCUGGAAGUUCCUACUUCACGACGUCAAGGAGCUUGAAGUGCUGCUGAUGUGCAGAGAUUGCUCACAAUGUCUCCUCCAAGAACCACAAAGUCAUUGCAGAAAAAGCAGCCCAGCUGGCCAUCAGAGUCAUCAAUCCCAAUGCCAGAAAGCAGGGUGA